UGUGACUUCAAGACGGUUGGAUUGCGCGCUCUCGUUUGCCUUUAGUUCGUCGGUUCGUUCAGUUCGCUUCGUGCUAGAGAGACCCCGUGCCGUGGACUUUCACGAUGGCCAGCAACACCCAGGGUAUCCAGCAGCUUCUGGCCGCGGAAAAGAAGGCCGCCGACAAGGUUGGCGAAGCGCGCAAACGCAAGGCACGUCGUCUAAAGCAGGCCAAAGAUGAGGCCACGGAGGAGAUCGAAAAGUAUCGUGCCGAACGGGAGCGCACCUUCAAGGAAUUUGAAGCGAAACACGUCGGAUCGCGCGAAGGUGUCUCGAACAAGAUCGACGCUGACACCCGUGUCCGCAUCGAUGAAAUGAACCGUGCCCUGACAACGCAGAAGGAACCGGUCAUCAUGGACGUGCUGUCAUUCGUGUACGCCAUCAAGACGGAGGUGCACAAAAACCAACGCGACUAGGAUGAUCGAGGCAACCGCCACACCUUACCCCCACACUGUCCACCCAUGGGUCGAGUUGAUUUUCGCAGACGAACAUUCCAACGAACGAUUCUUCGUGUCCCCGUUCCUUGUUACCGAGCCAAAGCAGCUGUUCCCAGCUGACGUUUGGUUCGCUAAUUAGGAACAUUCGCUGAUUUUAACACCUUUGGACUAUUUGUUUUCGCUUCUACCAACACCAAGCGCCACUUCAACCAGCAGCAAGAUAAGUUGGUUGACUGGUUGAACGGUGGGAAGCAAUUUCUAGUGUGCGUGAUGUCCACCUCCGGGACGUGCGCCACGACUUUUGUUUCGUUUCAUUUCUCCCCCUGUCAGCCGGAAACGGUUGCUACAAGCAUUAUGUUUUAAUUCACUACUGUAAGAUUAUGUAAAAAGGAAACGCUUUAGGUUAUGCUUGAAUAAAGUAAGUGUUAGGAAA